UAAAUCCGUUUUUCUCUUUGUAGAUUGUCUGUGGUCCAGGGCCCCUGGAAGGGCGUCCCUGCUGAUUCAGGAGGAGGUGAAGGAGGUGGAGUGUGUGUUCAGUCGGCAGACAGUCGGAAGGACCGAAUCCCGGCGGCCGUUUGGAGAGUCUGAGCGGGGGGAAAACUGCUUCCAGUACUGGAGAACUCAGAAAGAGGAUUUCGCAAUGAGUUGGGGAACGGAGCUCUGGGACCAGUUCGAGAAUCUGGACAAACACACUCAAUGGGGGAUUGACUUUCUUGAGCGCUAUGCAAAGUUUGUCAAGGAGAGACUGGAGAUAGAGCAAAACUAUGCCAAGCAGCUACGGAACUUGGUGAAGAAAUAUUGUCCAAAGCGCUCCAAAGAUGAGGAGCCGAGGUUCACGUCAUGUCUGUCUUUCUACUCCAUACUCAAUGAGCUUAAUGACUAUGCCGGUCAGAGGGAGGUGGUGGCGGAGGAGAUGGCUCACAGGGUUUAUGGCGAGCUGAUGAGGUACAGCCAGGACCUGAAAGCUGAGAGGAAGCAUCAUCUACAGGAGGGCAGAAAGGCCCAGCAGCAUUUGGAUCACUGCUGGAAACAGAUGGACAAUAGUAAAAAGAAAUUUGAAAGAGAGUGCAAAGAAGCAGAGAAGUCCCAGAUCACCUACGAGCGGCUAGAUAAUGACAUCAACGCCACCAAAUCAGAGGUGGAGAAGGCCAAAGCCCAGUUCUACAUGCGCACUCACGCGGCUGAUGAGAGCAAGAACGAGUACGCCGCUCAGCUCCAGAGCUUCAAUGCAGAGCAGUGGAAACAUUUCCACAGUGCCAUACCACAGAUCUUUAAGAAUCUGCAGAACAUGGAUGAACGUCGGACGGUAAAGCUUGGAGAGACAUAUCGAAGCUUUGCUGAGGCAGAGCGGAGAGUUAUUCCCAUCAUCUCCAAAUGUCUAGAGGGAAUGGUUUCAGCUGCCAAGGCUGUAGACGAGCGAAGGGAUUCAGCAAUAGUUGUGGAGUCAUUCAAAUCUGGCUUUGAACCUCCUGCUGACUUCCCCUUCGAGGACUUCAGUCAGAAUUUGAGCAGAACGGGCUCAGAUGGUACCAUCAGCAACACGCCCAAAGGAGACAGAGACCGAGAGCGAGACGGGGCACCGGGGCCACGAUCUGAUCCGAAACACCCCAUGAGCAGAACCAAGAACAAGCUCUGGCUGUUUGGGAAGAAACCAAAGGCACCGUCUCUGGAGGAUUUCAGCCACUUACCUCCUGAGCAGAGGAGGAAGCGACUGCAGCAGAGGAUUGAUGAACUCAACAGAGAGCUCCAGAAAGAGAUGGAUCAGAGAGAUGCUCUGAACAAGAUGAAGGACGUGUAUGAGAAGAAUCCUCAGAUGGGAGACCCCAACAGCCUGCAGCCCAAAAUAUCAGAGACCAUUUGUAACAUGGAGAAACUGCGCUCCGAAAUCCACAAAAAUGAGACGUGGUUGUCUGAGGUGGAGGGAAAGCAAAGCUCCAGAGGAGACAGAAGGCACAGCGCUGAUAACCAUCACCAUGGUCCUCAAGGCAGAGAGAGCCCUGAGGGCAGUUACACAGACGACACCAGCCAGGAGCAUCAAACGCCUCAUCACCGGCCCGGUCCAGCGCAGCCUCGACAUCCCAACCCCGACCCACACGAGUUCGACGACGAGUUCGACGACGACGACCCUCUGCCUGUCAUCGGACACUGCAAAGCGCUCUACUCGUUUGACGGUCAGAACGAGGGCACGCUAGUGAUGGCAGAAGACGAGGUGUUGUACAUCAUCGAGGAGGACAAAGGCGACGGGUGGACGCGGGCGAGGAAGCAGAGCGGGGAGGAGGGCUACGUUCCCACUUCCUACGUAGAAAUCACGCUGGAGAAAAACAGCAAAGGUUCCUGAGGGGCCGCAGAGUGGCCGGGCGGUUUGAUUGGCUGGUGGAGGGCUCGUGCUGAUUGCUGAUUAUUGGUGCUGGGGAGGGUGACUAAGAAAGAGAGAGAGCGGAAAAGGGAGAGAGGGAGGUGGAGGAGGUCGGAGAUUAGGCGAGCUGCCGGGGAGGUUUGCAUGUCUGCAUGCUCACGUGUCCAUAAGCAGCAAAGCAUUCUGGGCUUUCAGAGGAGGGAGGUAGAAGAGAUGAUGCCAAAGCCACGAACAAGCAAUAAAGGAUUUAAUAUCUUCACAUGAGAUCCAAACCCACCUCUGAGCUGUGGACCAUUUUUGUCUUUCAGGGUAGGAAGUAGCAACCACAGCAGUUUAUUAGCUACACCAAGCUCAGCUGCAUGCAGUCCUGACAUUAAGUGAGAAUUGUAAAGACUUUAUGUUGAAACUACAGAAAGCUCCGGAUUUUACCAACUACUUCCUGUUAAACCAUCAUAAGCAGCUUCAGUAAAAUCUGAGCAUCGAUCUUUUAUUUCUGUGCCACGCUGCUCACUUUGUGGGCCUUUAUGUCGAGCUGCCCUGUUCUGACCUUGUAUCGAUGGGUCACCUGUACAAAUGUGACUAAAUAUAACAAAUGGAUUUUAAAGGUAGGUUAGGACCACUUCUGCUUGGUGAACCUAAUAAACUGAUUAGUUUUACAUUUUUUGAAUUUCUUUUAGUGUUAAAUAUCAGCUUAUCCCUUCUAUAAAUUACAUUACUCUCUGUAUCCGCUGGACACAGUGUUUGGGGGCAAGUCUUAAAAUUUUUCUCCUAUAAUAACAAAGUUGUUUUUUAUAAGUGCCCCACAAGUACAACUUGUUCCCACCUUGCUGGUUUAUUUAUUUAAAAAUUUCUCACCAUAUUUUUUAAACUGUAUCUCUCACACACACACACAUACACACA